ACGCACUAAACUGACGUUUCAGUUCAAAUGAGAGAUGAAUGAAAACUCAUUGUAACAUUUCCUGUGUUGAUUUAGAGGGAGUGGGAGGGCAGUGCGCUUGUGUGUUUUCUGCAAAGUUCCUCCCGAUUGGACGAGAGAUCUCGGGCAUUACCCUUCCUCUCCGUGCUGUAAAAGAGUGCCGAAGAGCCUAUGGCAGCGCGCGCUUCCUCCUCCCACUAUGUGCGCCAAAGUUGGCCACUUAAACUCCUCUCAGCAGCAAACAGCAGCUGUAAUCACAACUAGCAGAUCCUCUCACUAAUAUUUACUCACAGUUGCUUCAGAACACAUUGCAUGCUUUACUCUGCUCUUGUUUUUGGGUAUUCACUGUAAGAACAACUUUUCUUCUGCACACUGGGCAUUGUCCACUGGUGCGUGUGUGUGUGUGUGUGUGUGUUUGGAUUUCUUUUUAAAUUCUUUGGAUCCGUUACAGUUUCCACGGCGCAAACAACACUGGAGCUUUCCGUGUGAUUGAUUUCUUUCAUUUAUUAGUGAGAGUUUCAAUAGUUUUGGGAGUAGCUGGAAUGGCUACUUUACCAGGAACAGUUCCUCGAAUGAUGCGGCCAGCUCCAGGCCAGAACUACCCCAGAACCGGAUUCCCAUUAGAAGUCUCAACGCCUCUGGGUCAAGGUCGAGUGAACCAGCUCGGUGGAGUUUUCAUCAACGGAAGGCCUCUGCCGAAUCAUAUCCGACACAAAAUAGUGGAAAUGGCCCAUCACGGCAUCCGACCCUGUGUGAUCUCCAGACAACUGCGGGUCUCACACGGCUGCGUGUCCAAAAUCCUCUGUCGGUACCAGGAGACCGGCUCCAUUCGUCCGGGAGCAAUAGGUGGAAGCAAACCCAGGCAAGUUGCAACACCCGACGUUGAAAAGAGAAUCGAGGAAUACAAACGCGAGAACCCCGGGAUGUUCAGCUGGGAAAUCCGGGAUAAGUUGCUGAAGGACGGGGUGUGUGACAGAGGCACGGUUCCUUCAGUUAGCUCCAUUAGUCGGGUUUUGAGAGCUCGUUUUGGCAAGAAAGAUGACGAUGACGACUGUGAUAAAAAAGAUGAAGACGGAGAAAAGAAAACCAAACACAGCAUCGAUGGGAUUCUCGGGGACAAAGGUAAUCGUACGGACGAGGGUUCAGAUAUAGAGUCGGAGCCAGACCUGCCCCUGAAGCGGAAACAAAGACGCAGCCGUACCACCUUCACGGCAGAGCAGCUGGAGGAGCUCGAGAAGGCCUUCGAGAGGACACACUACCCCGACAUCUACACCAGAGAGGAGCUCGCACAGAGGACCAAACUGACCGAGGCUCGUGUACAGGUCUGGUUUAGCAACCGAAGAGCAAGGUGGCGCAAACAAGCAGGAGCAAAUCAGCUGGCAGCGUUUAACCAUUUGUUGCCCGGAGGGUUUCCGCCUACCGGCAUGCCAACCUUAUCGACCUAUCAGCUUCCAGAGUCAACGUAUCCAGGCACCACUCUCUCACAAGACGGCAGCAGUACUUUACACCGGCCACAACCUCUGCCUCCGUCCUCCAUGCAUCAGGGUGGGCUUUCGGCGGACACCAGCUCUGCCUACGGGCUCUCCUCCAACCGACACUCCUUCUCCAGCUAUUCAGACACGUUCAUGAGCCCGUCAGCUUCAGGCAACCACAUGAAUCCCGUGAGCAACGGCCUUUCGCCACAGGUGAUGAGUAUUUUGAGUAACCCCAGUGCCGUCCCGUCCCAGUCUCAGCACGAUUUCUCCAUCUCUCCUCUCCACGGUGGUCUGGAGGCAUCUAACUCGAUCUCAGCGAGCUGUAGCCAGCGUUCAGACACCAUCAAGGACAGUCUGGCCUCGUCCCAGUCCUACUGUCCCCCCACAUACAGCGCCACCAGCUACAGCGUGGACCCCGUCACUGCUGGAUACCAGUACAGCCAGUACGGCCAGACCGCUGUGGACUACCUGGCCAAGAAUGUGAGUCUGUCGACUCAGAGAAGGAUGAAGCUGGGCGAUCAUUCGGCAGUGCUGGGACUCCUCCAGGUGGAGACAGGACAGGCUUACUGAGUCAAACACACCUUCACACACCUCCUGAGCUCCCCCAGCUGGAGCUCUUUACCGCGUCAGCCGGCACAAGCGUGCGAGGGGUUUUUCUCCGAUUCCCAAGACAAGACUCUUGCCAUUCCUUUUGACGUGACCUUCUCGUGAUUCUGGGCUUGUCACGGACC